AUGAAGGAGGAGGAGGGAGGAGGGAGAGAGGGCGAUGAGGGAGGGAGGGAGGAGUGGGCGAUGAGGGAGGAGAGGGCGAUGAGGGAGGACAGGGCAAUGAAGGAGGACAGGGCGAUGAGGGAGGAGAGGGCGAUGAGGGAGGCGAGGGAGGAGAGGGCGAUGAGGGAGGAGAGGGAGGAUGAGGGCGAUGAGGAGGGAGAGGGCGAUGAGGAAGGAGAGGGCGAUGAGAGAGGAGAGGGUGAUGAGGGAGGACAGGGAGGAGAGGGCGAUGAGGGAGGAGAGGGCAAUGAAGGAGGAGAGGUUGGAGUGGGCGAUAAGGGAGGACAGGGAGGAGUGGGCGACCAGGGAGGAGAGGGCGAUGAGGGAGGACAGGGAGGAGAGGGCGAUGAGGGAGGAGAGGGCGAUGAGGGAGGUGAGGGAGGAGAGGCGAUGAGGGAGGAGAGGGCGAUGAGGGAGGAGAGGGCGAUGAGGGGGGAGAGGGCAAUGAGGAAGGACAGGGAGGUGAGGGCGAUGAGGGAGGAGAGGGCGAUGAGGGAGGAGGGGGAGGAGAGGGCGAUGAGGGAGGAGAGGGAGGAGAGGGCGAUGAGGGAGGAGAGGGCGAUGAGGGAGGAGAGGGAGGAGAGGGCGAUGACGGAGGAGAGGGCGAUGAGCGAGGAGAGGGCGAUGACGGAGGUGAGGGAGGAGAGGGCGAUGAGGGAGGAGAGGGCGAUGAGGGAGGACAGGGCGAUGAGGGAGGAGAGGGAGGUGCAGCAGGAGGCCUCAUGGUGGUGCUGUUGCAGGUUCGGGGACACGUCUCUGCAGGAGGUCAUCAACGUGGAGAGUUUGGCUCGACUCGACUCCUACUAUCAACAGUUCAAGGAGGUGCUGCCGGAGGACUGCCUGCCUCGGACCCACUCUCAGACCUGUCUCCCGGAGCUGCUCCGCUUCCUGGGCCAGAACGUUCACGCCAGAAAGAACAAGAACGUGGACAUUCUGUGGCAGGCCGCUGAGGUCUGUCGGAGGCUCAACGGCGUGCGCUUCACCAGCUGCAAAAGCGCCAAAGACCGCACGGCCAUGUCGGUGACGCUGGAGCAGUGUCUGAUCCUGCAGCAGGAGCACGGCAUGGCCCCUCAGGUCUUCACCCAGGCCCUGGACUGUAUGCGCAGACUGAAACUCCUGAUCGACCAGGAGAAGGCGUACCAGGAGCGGAAGGAGGAGGAGCACGACCUGAAGCUGUCCGGCCUGAAGGAGGAGCUCACCAAACUCAAGUCCUUUGCGUUGAUGGUUGUGGACGAGCAGCAGCGUCUCAGCGAGCAGCUCCGACUACAGAGCUCCAAAGUGCACGAAGCCACGGCCUCAGCCAGCCAGGCCCAGGAGGAGCUGAGUGCGAGCCUCUCACUGCUGCAGCAGGAGCAGGACAAGUGCUGCCGAUUGGAGGAGCAGCUGCGUGACCAGGCGUCCCGUCACCACGCCGACGCCGACGCCAUGACGACCAAACUCAGCCUGGAGGAUGCACACAACCGGGCGCUGAGGCAGAAGAUGUCCGCCCUGAGCCGCACGCUGGACGAGCUGCAGGAGAACAACAAGACCCUGCGGCGGGCGGAGGAGGAGCUGCUGGAGCUGAGGGACAAGAUCAGCCGCGGGGAGUGCGGACCCACAUGUGGCAGCUCCAGCCUGGUCUCGGAGCUGGAGGAGCUCCGGAAGCGAGUGCUGGAGAUGGAAGGCAAGGACGAGGAGUUGGUCCGAAUGGAAGACCACUGCCGGGACCUCAACAAGAAGCUGCAGAAGGAGUCCGUCCAGGCCCAGAACCUCAAAGCAGAGGUGGACAAACUCAACGGGCGCAUCAUGGACCUGGAGAAGCUGGAGGAUGCCUUCAGCAAGAGCAAACAGGAGUGCGGCGCUCUCAAAGGCAGCCUGGACAAGGAGCGCACCGUGUCCAAGCUGCUGUUGGGCGAGCUGGAGACCCUGCGGGGCCGGGUCCGGGAGCUGGAGGAGGCCGAGACUCAGCUGGCCCAGAGCGAGACGGGACUGAAGGAGGAUCUCUGCAAGUUAAAGACACUGACCGUGAUGCUGGUGGACGAGAGGAAGGCGGCGGGCGAGAAGCUCAAGCAGAUGGAGAACAGGGUCCACAGCAGCACGGGGAAGCUGCAGGCCGAGCAGGACAAAGUGACCACGGUGACGGAGCGCCUGAUCGAAGAGAGCAGGAAGGCUCUGAGGUCCAAGGCCGAGCUGGAGGAGCGGGUUUGCGGCGCCGUCAGGGAGCGCGACGACCUCCGCACCCAGCUCAGCAACGAGGAGCAGAGGAGCGCCGACCUGGAGUCCAAGAUCAGCCUGAUGAAGAGAAGGCUGCAGGCGCUGGAGACCGUGGAGCGGGAGUAUCUGCGGAACAAGGCCUCGGAGAACAUCAAGGGCCCCGUCACCAACCGCUUCCAACAAGAGGACAACAAGGUGAAGGAGCUGACGCAGGAGGUGGAGCGGCUGCGGAGCAAGCUCAAGGAUCUGAAAGCGGUGGAAGGAGACUCGUUCAAGACGGAAGAGUUUGAACUUCUGGAGAAGCGCUUCGCGAGCGAGCAGGAGAAAGCCAAGACGUUGAUGGAGGAGCUGGAGAUCUCCAAGAAGGAACUUUCCAAAUACCAGCUGGCAGAGAAGAAGGAGUGCAACCAGGAGACAGUGCUCUACAAGAGGCUGAAGGAGGAGGAGGCCAAGGCCAGCCACCUGAGCCGCGAGGUGGCCGCGCUCAAGGAGAAGGUCCACGAGUACAUGGGCACGGAGGACUCCAUGUGCCGCAUGAAGAGCGACCACUCGGGGCUGCAGCGGAGGCUCACGCAGCAGGAGGUGCGCAACAAGGAGCUGUCUCGGGAGAUGGAAGGCCUGACGCGGGAGCUGGAGCGAUACAGGCGCUUCAGCAAGAGUCUGCGGCCCGGCAUGAACGGCAGGCGCUUCUCCGACCUGCACGUGGCAACCAAGGAAGUCCAGACUGUCCCUGAGGACUUCCUGCAACAAGCCAUGGUGCCGCUCGAGUGUGCCGUGGUCAAUGGGAAACUGUACGACGGGCAUGAGGAGAGCGCGGUCUUCUCCAACGGCCUUCAGUCUGAUAAACACACGCUGAACAAGGUGAACGAGCGCACCAGCAGCGCCCGGCGAGCGCGCACGUCCAACGACCUGCCGCGGCAGAACAGCGGCGGGGACGUGGUAUGGAGCCCAGGACAGCCCCUGACCAUCAAGGUGACCCCCGACCACGGCCACACCACGGCCAUGUUGGAGAUCUCCAGCCCCACGUCCGACCCCCCGGCGUCCUUCACCAGCACGGCCGUCAUCCCCACCACCGGAGCGCCCGCCAAGCCUCGCAUCACCAUCAUCCAGAGCGCGUCCCCAGCCCACCCCAGAUGCAGAGCGCCCGAUGAGCCGCUCUCCCCAGACCGCAGCGACUCCCCCUUCUCCGGGCCCACAACCCCCGAGCGUGCUGCUUCCCCUUUGGAGAACACCACCACCGCCGCCGCCAACACCACCACCGCCACCACCACUGCUACCGCCACCACCACCAUGGGACCGGGCCACGCUUUCUUCCGGGUGCAGAGGUCCGACAGCCAGGGCUCCAACGUGAUCACGGCGGAGGACAACAAGAUCCACAUCCACCUGGGGCCUCAAUUUCUGCAGGAGCGGCGGACUCUGGGCAGCUGCGGCGCCGUGUCCACCCCCCCCAUGUCGCCGGUGAGGGGCAGCGGCAAAAUCACCAGUAGUUUAGUGAUAAAGCCGAGCUCCAGCCCCGUGCAAAGACCCGCACAGGUGACAAUCCCCCUCGAAGCAUUCCGCCGCCCCGGGCCCACCAGGAUCCCCAAACCCAGGAGCUCUGUCUCACACAAGGGCAGCUGCAGCGCCCCCUCUGGUGGACAGGCCACACUACAGGCAAGACAGAGCAUCAUCAACAACAACAACAACAGCAACCCCAACCUGAUGAACCGCAGACUCUGA